AAAAAAUCGUUAGUCUAAUCCGUCGGUUCAGAAAAAGCCAUGCCAAAGAGAAAUUUCUUGAAGGGGAUUUGCUUCUUCCGCUAAGCGUUUGUGACGGUGGGAUACACGGCCAAAUUUUCCGGCGAAGUGGUCGCUCUUCUUCAUUACCUCGGCACUUUUUUCCCAACAGAAAAUCCUUUCCACAUUUUGAAGAACUGCAGGAAUGAAAUAAUGAAUAUUCAAAAGGAUUUUCCGCCGAAGAUGUGGGGGUGGUUUUCGUCAUAUUUCCAGCCGUUUGAACUGAGAAUCAUUUCAUCAUGAAGAUGGACUCUCUUGUCGCAAUGGUGGCAAAUCCAUACUGCUUUCCGAGAAAUUUCAAACAGGAACGCCCAAUUUUUCCCCAUCAGAGAUACUCUGCAUGUCAAGCUUCGGCUUGUAAGAUACUCCGGAAACACAAAGAAGGAAGCUUUGCUGAUGAUGGUUUUAAUAUCAACGAUACUCAAUUGAUUCAAAAAUUGAGCCGAAGAAGAAUACCAGUUUUAGCAAAAGAGAUUUUCUUGGAGCUGAAGUCUGAAGGUUUUCCUCUAAACAACUCUACGUUGUCCACUCUUAUGGUACACUACAUAGAUGGCGAUCUUCCCCUCCAAGCGCAAGUACUUUGGGAAGAAAUGUUAAACAGUAGUUUUGAACCUUCUGUUCAAGUAAUUUCAAAAUUCUUUAACGCUUAUGGAAAGAUGGGACACUUUGAUGAUAUAACUAAAGUUCUGGAUCAGGUAAAGUUAAGGUAUUCACACUUACUGCCUGAGGCAUAUUCACUAGCCAUAUCUUGUUUUGGGAAGAACAAACAACUAGAAUUGAUGGAAAGUACUUUGAGGGAAAUGGUUUCUAGUGGUUUUCCAGUUAAUUCUGCUACUGGCAAUUCUUUUAUUAUAUACUACAGCAUGUUUGGUUCUUUGAUAGAGAUGGAAACUGCCUACGGUCGCCUUAAGCGGUCUAGAUUUCUAAUCGAGAAGAAAGGAAUCAUGGCAAUGGCAUUUGCCUACAUAAGGCAAAGAAAAUUUUACAGAUUAGGUGAAUUCCUCAGGGAUGUUGGUCUUGGAAGGAAAAAUGUGGGGAAUCUUUUAUGGAAUCUUCUACUUCUAUCUUAUGCUGCCAAUUUUAAAAUGAAAAGUUUGCAGAGAGAAUUUCUGCAAAUGGUUGAAGCUGGAUUUAAUCCAGAUCUUACAACAUUUAAUAUUAGAGCUCUAGCAUUUUCAAGAAUGGAUUUGUUAUGGGAUCUUCAUCUUAGCCUUGAACAUAUGACGCAUAUGAAGAUUAAACCCGAUGUCGUGACCUAUGGUUGUGUUGUUGAUGCUUAUGUCGAUCGAAGACUUGGAAGAAAUUUGGAAUUCGUUUUGAGCAAAAUGAAUCCAAAUCAACCUCCAGUAUUAUUAACAGAUCCUUUCGUUUUCGAGGCAUUGGGUAAAGGAGACUUCCACAUGAGCUCCGAGGCGUUCAUGCAAUUCCAGAGGCAGAAGAAAUGGACUUAUAGAGAGUUAAUAUCAUUGUAUCUGAAAAAGCAACACAGGAGAGAUCAAGUCUUCUGGAAUUACUAACCCAAAACGAUAUUCGAUAACAAAUGGCUAUGCCCAGCAAUGACUUGAAGAUUGUUUUUUGUACCUGAGUUUGGGGAAUUUAAAUGUACUGUACUGAUUAAGUUGAUUCUUAGAAGUAGAUGGCUCUAUUUCUACCUGUGUUAUUCAUCCGUAUCUCAGCUGGGUUAUGUAGAGUGUAAUUUAAAAGAUGUUUUUGAGAUUUAUUAUAUAUUUUAAACUUUCAUCCUUUCCUAGCUCAAA